GUAGUCGUAUGCAGGCGUGGGAGCCGGGCUCGGGGUGGAGCCAGCGGAGGAUAUGAGCUCACGAGCAGAGCCUGGGGCGGGGGUCGGGGUCAGGGCCGGGGCGCUUUGCUUGGCUGGGGCUGCGGGAGCCGGAGCUGGGGUCGGGGCGGAGAGAGCCCUAGGGAGACGCUCCCGGGACGAAGUCCUGAGAUUAUGAGGCUCUGGCCUCCACCAGCUGCUUGCCUGUGACUUCCUCCACCACAGUGGAACGCUCCAGGCCUACCUCCUGCCGUGUGGUCAUCUACCUGCAGCGGGAGAUGUCCGGAGACACCUGCCUGGCUGGCCUGUGCCCAGCCUCGGGGUCUAAGCCCAAGCCAGGGGGUUUCAAAGGGGGUGGGAUGGGCAACAAAUACAUCCAGCUCAACGUUGGGGGUUCCCUGUACUACACCACGGUGCGGGUGCUCACCCGGCACGACACCAUGCUCAAGGCCAUGUUCAGCGGGCGCAUGGAGGUGCUGACUGACAAGGAGGGCUGGAUCCUCAUCGACCGAUGCGGCAAGCACUUUGGCACCAUUUUGAAUUACCUCCGAGAUGACACUAUCACCCUCCCCCAGAACCGGCAGGAGAUCAAGGAGCUGAUGGCAGAAGCCAAAUAUUACCUCAUCCAGGGCCUGGUGGACAUGUGUCAGACGGCACUGCAGGAUAAGAAGGACUCGUACCAGCCUGUGUGCAACAUCCCCAUCAUCACGUCCCCAAAGGAGGAGGAGCGACUCAUCGAAGCCUCCACCAAGCCUGUGGUGAAGUUACUGUACAACCGGAGCAACAACAAGUACUCCUACACCAGCAAUUCUGAUGACCACUUGCUUAAGAACAUUGAGCUGUUUGACAAGCUCUCUCUGCGUUUCAACGGCCGAGUGCUCUUCAUUAAGGAUGUCAUCGGAGAUGAAAUCUGCUGUUGGUCCUUCUAUGGCCAAGGCCGGAAGUUGGCCGAGGUGUGCUGCACCUCCAUUGUCUAUGCCACUGAGAAGAAGCAGACAAAGGUGGAGUUCCCAGAGGCCCGGAUCUAUGAGGAAACACUAAAUGUCCUGCUCUAUGAGACACCCCGAGUCCCUGACAACUCUUUGUUGGAGGCCACAAGCCGUAGCCGGAGCCAGGCUUGUCCUGGUGAAGAUGAGGAGGCCUCAGAAUUACGAGAGCGAGUCCGCCGCAUCCACGUCAAACGCUACAGCACCUACGAUGAUCGACAGCUCAGCCACCAGUCCACCCAUAGGGACUGACGGUGCCUCAGGGCAGUGGGACCCAGACAGCCCACAUUCCCCUUCUCCCUGGUGCACUUGUUGGGCGAGCACACACCUCGACCCUCAGGGGUGGGACAGGGCCCCCAGAGAGGUUAAGGGGUGCAGGAGGGGAAAGGACCUUUGAGCCUUGCCCACCAAUGGCAUGGUUUGCCCUGUUCCACACCUGCGUGGUUCCCUGUCUAGACAGCCCUAGGGAAUUGUUCUACAGGUCACAGUCUUGUAGCCUGGGGGUCAAGCUCUCAUUAAGCAGACCCUGAAGCUCUAGGCCUUGGUUCUUCCUUGUACCCUUUGAUGGAUCUUCUUGUCCUUCACAAAAGUUUGGGGGUGGGGCACUGCUUCAUGGCCUGUUCAAGUAGGGGCUGAGAAUUCAGUUCUAGGGAUGGAGAAACCCUGGGCAAUCCCCUAGAAAAUUGCCAGUCACAGGUGAUAAGCAGCAGAUAAUUUAAAUUACAUGACUGAGCAGCCCCUUCAGAGAGGGGAAGCAGGGAGGAGACCCUAGCUCCCCUUGGUUCUCUUGGGUCAAUGUAGUUUCUUCAGAGUACUUUGUAUUCUUCUGCAAAAAGACCUCAGCCCUGAUCCAUUGAACUCUCACCAGAGAAACAAGGUUAAUCUUCCUAUGUUUUCCUUCUUUUCAAACCUAAUCCUGCCUCCUCUCCCAGGAUCCAGUCCAUGAGAGGGAAAGGUCAGUCAGGUCCCAGUUUGGAUGAAAUAAGCAAGGUGGUUAGCCUGUAACCGUAAAAAGGGACAGCAGGGUUCGACUGCCCAGGGCCUGGGAAAUCUGAGGAAAGGCCAAAUUCUCAGGCUGCAGUAGUAAUGAGUCCAGCAGGAAAGUCUGGUGACUCAGCCCCACAAACAUCCCUCAGCAAACUCAAAAGCUCAGCGGGCAGGCUUCUGACUUGGGUGGCAUUGGUGGCUUCAGGCAGCAGGGGCCCCACUUUGGCUUCAGCAGAGCAGUGCUACAUGAAGAAAGAGCCCAAGUUCCUUUCAUGGCUUCAGCUGGGUCAUUUAGCUUAUGGAAUCUUUGCUGCCAGGCAUGGGGAAUUAAGAUCGCUUCUCUUCGGGGCUGCAGGCCUCUUUUUCCCCACCUGCUUUGGCUUAACUCUCAGAAAAGCUUUUCAGAAUUUUUUUUCCAGAAGAAUGUGCCUAUUGUGAAAGAAGCCAAUGCCUUCUUCCUCCCAGAUGACAGGGGUUUCCAAUCAGUCUCUCCUGCCUGUAUCCUACUUCUCAAGUCAGUGGUGGCUCUAGGAGCCCAAAGGGAGGAUGAUAAAAGGAAGGUGGCAUUUGUUUCUUGGUUCAUCUCACUACCAGAAUGUCGAAUGGCACCUUCCUGGCCUCCUGCUAAUUCUCUCACCUUCAUCAGGGCAGGACACCCCCAAGUUCGCCUUUUCAGUAGCCAGGAUGGUGUUGGUGUCAGCCAGUUCUGCCGAGCAGGAUCUUUUCAAGUCUGUCAGAUUUUGCUAGAGGUUAACACAUUUCAGUCUUUCAGGCUGUCGGUGUUCUCACCCACUCCUUUAGACUUCAAGGUGAAAACCUUUUUCAUGUGAGGCAGAGCACCUGGUGCUGGGUUCCUAGACCAUGUGCCUGAAUAGGAAGCGAUCUGCAGUUACAGAAUGGCCUCACCCUGUUCUCUAGCCUUUCUCACAUAGAACUGAAGGCAAGUUACUGGGCAUUAUCUUACGUUGCCCUGGCUAAGACUAUCAGAAAACUUGGUCUGUUGACGUGACCACUGCUGCUUUUACCAGAAACACUAGCUAUAGGCAAAGUAGGUGGAGAAUUUCCUUUAGAAGACAUUAACUACAUAUUCAAAAAAGUAGAGAUCUAUUUUUCAAGUGAUCACCAGGAAAUCCUUAAGUCACUCAUCUCUUAGCUGUGGGAACUUUGACUUCAGCAGCCAGAGCAAAUGAAAAACAGGUCGGAGACAAUCAGUCACUGCUUGGCUGCAGGACCUGCGCCAUGGCCCCCCCCCCCCCCCCCCCAUUCCAAGUGGCUUUGGUGUUUUUGUAUAGCACUUUGGAAAUGACUGUCCUAUCUUUAAGCUGCUGUUCUCAUUGGUUUUUUAAAUCUGACCUGAAUGACCUUCCCUGCCAUACACCAAGGGGUCAUAAAAGAUUUGGGUGUGGUGGUGGUGCAAGCUUGGGCAGGGGCACUGAUAUUUAUCCCCCCACCCCCAACCCAAGACACUGGGCCUGAAACUCCAGACUCCAUUGGGCAGUUUAAUUGCAAACCAGCAGCCAGCUAACAGAUAGCCUGCAGUAGAUUCUACUUACAGCUCGUACAAUCAGGCUGCUUUCAGCUCGAAGGGAGGUCUUUGGUUGAUUAUCCCUUCUCUGCCUCAAAGGUAGGUAGGCAGGCCCUUGGCUCAAUGAGGGCCUCACUUUUCUCACUAACCUUUUAAAUGGCAAUAUUUCCACUCCCUGAAUAGCACAGGCAAUGGAAGCAAACACUAAUUUUUAAUAAAAUCCUGUUACACUG